AUGGCUAUCUGGCCGCACAAGGCCCUAGCAAGCUCCUUGAACCUGACCUCGACCUCCGAACAGACACCCCGAGUCGCUCGCCGCCCUCGUCUGCCCACGAAGAGCAGCAGCGCGUGUCUGAGACUCGAAGGAGUCCAGUCGUCGACCUCGUCAGCGGCGACGACGACGCCAAACGUCUCCAACCUGACCAAUCGAUUGAUCAAUCCGCCCGCCAGCCUCGAUCCCGCCCGUUACGACCACGACUCUGUUUACGAAAUGGCUUCUCUCUUUUACCAACAACCUCAUCCCCAAGUGUACUCGGGUGCCGUUGUAGACGGUUUCGGUGCUCCGGACGCCUCCGCCUAUGCCACGCUCCCAUUACCCGCUGGUGCCGCCGUUCAGACUCACGGCUACAUCGUGCCCACGGACGCAUAUGCGCUCGCCAGCUAUCAAGAACAAAUCGCUCGCGAACAUGCGCUCUACGUUCAGCCCGAGCAACAUGUCCACGACUUGCAGGCGGCCAACAAUGCCAACAUUCAGAAUGACGCUGGCGCUGGCGUCUCACUGACCGUAGAUGUGCAAAAGAACAACCAAGAUCAAAUCGCAGCCCUCGUCAACUCCCGUGACCGCGAGGUUACGCUGUUGCAGACGACACUGGCCAUGCCCUUGGCCCACUUCAAUGCCAAAUUCAUCUGGCACUGCAUUAUGAAUAUUGAGCAGGACUGCGAUCCCGUCUUUGUGGAGAAGAUCAAGACUAUUCACAAGACAUUCUAUCUUCCCCCGGCAAUCUCGUUCUAUGCACUCUGGCUUCACUUUCGCUUCUGGGAUCAAAUGCCCCAGGUGUACGGAUUAACCGAAGCGCUCCUCCCUCCCGCGACCGCUUCUACCUCGCUCUUGUCGAAAUCCGUACGAGUGGGUAUCAUCCUCUACAUGAUGGCUGCCUCUUUUGCGAACAAGCACUUGGAUGACUUUUCCUAUCGAAACUCCUCAUGGUAUGAGGCAGCGCGCAUGCCUGCCAAAGACUUUUUGGAGAUCGAGUUGUUGGCCCUCAAGGAACUUCAGUGGUCCUUGGAGAUUACUUCCAAAGACUGGAUGAACUGGCUCCUCUACCUUCGCACGUGCAACAUCACGUUGGAGAGGACCCGUCCUACAGAGAUGAACUUCCAUUUCGUCGUGGCUCGUCUUAUUCAAGAUGCCAUCGUUUCCGGUGGCGGAAAGGACGAACUACUCAAAACAGGUGUGGCGAACGGGCUCGGGAGACUCGAAACCCGGACCCAGACCCUACCAAUCGGGAAGAGCACGAACAUGUGGCACGACAACUCGCCCACACUCGUCGCUUCAUCCCAAGGUGCGAGCCCUCCUUCAUUCGAGGGUUUGCAUGCACGCAUCAACGGCAACAUCGCCGACGGUCCCUUUGGUUUACACGCGCUCCAACGCAAGCUCGAGAUGAUUCAGCGCAAUCCCGAAUCAUCUAUGCCGCGCUUUAUUCCAUGGGACACGUCGCUCGAUCCAGUCGUACAAGUGCAGUCUAGGUCCCGUUCGAGCUCCGGAUCGGGAGCACCGUUGGGCGGAGACAAAGGUGUGAGUGCCCCGGUCAGGAGCAGCAUGCUUCUUGAUGGAGCACGAUGCAGAUAUGACGCGGACGGCGUGGUUGGACCGGCCUCUUUUCCUCCCUAUGGAGAGUGGGUCGGCCAGCCAGAGUAUGGUGGAGGUUACGGAGAGGUCGGCAAGAAGGUGUUUGGGUCGUACAAUGCGCCCACUCGACCUGUCACUUGCGGUGAUGUGCUCAGUGGUGGAAAGAGCAACCUCUAUCCGAUCGAUUACGAUGGAAUGACGGGCAUGAUGGGGCGCCCUUACAAAACUUGCAAAGCCGUGGACAACAACUUGUACGAUAUGCCGAUGAUGGGACACCCUGUUCCAAGCGUCAUGUGGCCGCUUCACCUCUAG